AUGGAAAUUAUCCAAGAACAAAAUCAAAUCUUUGCUAAUUUCCAACAAUAUAAGCAAAGAGCUCAACAGCAACAACAAUUACAAUCAAUGUCAUCUUUAAAACCAAUUGACACAGCAACAUCCUCAGCAAACAGUAUAGAUACAAUCAUCCACAGUGGAAGUGGUCCAGUUUCACCAAUUUCAAGUGAUUCUGAUAGUUUGUCCGUAGAUGAAAAAGAUAAUACAUUAGUUACACCGGGUUGUGAUGAUGAAAGAGAAAUUGGUUUAGUUGCCAAUAUUUUAUUAAAUAUUUCCUCUGUUGGAAUUCCAAGUGUACCAUCAUCAUCAAAUUUCGAUGUAUCAUCAUCAGCCUCAUCAGUACCCAUUAUGAAUUUGAAACUCACUGAUAGCUCCAAUGUAGUGCCAUUCGAGUCGACUUCAAAUGUAAUUGGUGAGGAUUCCCGUCAGUCUGUCAGUUUAAAUAAUUCAAUUAGUGAUUUACGUACCAGUGGUUCUGGAAUUCCGCCAGUGAUCAACCCAUUGUCUCAAUCAUUACAAUCGACAUCCGCCUACAAAAAGAAACGUCAAAGAACUUCACCAGAGCAACUUGCAAUUCUCGAGCAAAUUUUUGAAACCGAUAAAAUGCCAUCUCAACAGAUCCGUAUUCGUUUGGCCAACCAAUUGGGAAUGUCCAGUCGUAGAGUCCAAAUCUGGUUCCAAAAUAAACGUGCCAAAGUCAAGCGUGGUGUAUUCACCAAGGGUGACGGUGAUGACGAUGUCCUCGAUGAUGAAGCCAUCGAUGAGGAAGACAUGGACGACGAUACCUCGUUGACCAUCGAUGAGUCCAGUGGCUCCAAUCUCUUAAAUAGCCUAAGUUCAUCACUUAACGGAAUGAACAGUCUUUCCAAUAAUAGUUCACCCAUUUCCAUGGGAAUGAACGGUCUCGGUGAUAAUAUUGUGCCAUCGAUUUCACCAUUGAUGUUGGCGACCAAUCCAAAUCCAAAUAUGGUCAAGGCGUCUUCAAUGAUGUCUCACUUUAGUUUGGGCCAACCAAUUCCACCAUCAACCUCAUCUUCAUCUUCACUCUCAUCCUCAUCAUCAUCCAUCAAAACAAUCAAACCAUCGUUAUCAUCAAAUUCUUUGACAUCUUUGGCUGGCAGCACCACCUCUACAACUACCACACAGUCAUCGCCAACCUCAUCGACAACACCUGCAUUGGUACCGUCACCAACAAACAAACGCAAGAAGACAUCACGUCCAUCUUCGCCAACCUCUGGUAACAACACACCAUUGCUUUCACCCAUUGCUUUCCAACCAACAAGCUCAACCUUGCCAUCACUCUCACAAAUCAAAUUAAACUCUUCAUCAGCACACAUUCCAACAAACAACUCAUUCAAACCAUAUACUUUUCCAUUUGACAACACUAACAAUACCAACAACAACAACAACAACAACACCAACAAUACCAACAACAACGCACCAACAAAUAGCAGUGGUUCAUCUUUUGAAUCUCUUAGAUUCGCAAACUAA